CACAAAUAGAUGCCUGUCCUGUGGGAAACACUGUAUGUCAUACAGAUAUAAGUUAGAACUAUACGCUACUUUGUAUUAGAAAUGGCAGAAGUGGAGGAUGCAUGUGCAUGUACGAACCAGUCUGCCCCACAACAAGAUUACUGACUACAGCAGUGAUUUUCAACCUUUUUUGAGCCAAGGCACAUUUUUUGUGUUGACAAAAUGAGGAGGCACACCACCAGCAGAAAUCAUUAAACAACGAAACGCAGUUGACAGUAAAAAGUCGUUGUCGCAAUUGUUGGAUAUGACUUUAAAGCAUAACCAAGCAUGCAUCAACAUAGCUCUUGUCUCAAAGUAGGUGUACUGUCACCACCUGUCACAUCACGCCGUGACUUAUUUUGAGUUUUUUGCUGUUUUUCAGUGUGUAGUGUUUUAGUUCUUGUCUUGCGCUCCAAUUUUGGUGGCUUUUUCUCUUUUUUUGGUAUUUUCCUGGAGCAGUUUCAGGUCUUCCUUUGAGCGAUAUUUCCUGGAUCUACUUUGUUUUUAUCCUUCUUCGUGGGGACAUUGUCGAUUGUCAUGCCAUGUUCGGAUGUUACAUUGUGGACGCCAUCUUUGCUCCACAUGUGAUGGAGCUAUCAUGGCAUGGUUUGCACUCCCUGUGACACAAGGAGUGGAGAAGGACUGCCUCGUCGCCCUCCUCCUUGCACAACACGGGCUGCCGCCAUCAUGGCUUCGAGCUACCCAACCCCUUUUGAGGGCACAGGUGAGGUGAAGGAAGGCUUCCUUUGUCCACUGUGUCUGAAGGACCUGCAGUCGUUCUACCAACUCCAAGGCCAUUAUGAAGAGGAGCAUUCUGGGGAUGACCGCCACGUUCGAGGGCAACUGAAAAGUUUGGUCCAGAAGGCUAUUAAAGCCAAAGACAAGCUACUGAAGAGGGAUGGAGAUGACAGACCAGAUGCUGGCAGUUAUGAAUCUUUCUAUUAUGGUGGAGUGGACCCAUACAUGUGGGAGCCUCAGGAGCUUGGAGCGACAAGAAAUCACUUGGAAUUUUUUAAGAAACACCGUGCUGCCAGGAUCGAUCAUUAUGUCAUCGAGGUCAACAAGCUCAUCAUCAGACUGGAAAAGCUAACGUCCUUUGACAGGACCAACUCAGACGCAGCCAAAAUCAGAGCCAUUGAGAAGUCUGUCGUGUCCUGGGUGAAUGACUCCGAUGUCCCUUUCUGUCCGGACUGUGGAAACAAGUUCAACAUUCGGAACAGAAGACACCACUGUCGUCUUUGUGGCUCCAUCAUGUGCAGGAAGUGCAUGGAGUCUGUGCCCUUACCUCUUGCUCAAAAGCUGAUUAAUGGUACACGAGAGGCUCUAAGCGUACCCGGGAGACACAGUCAGUCUCAAUCCCCCCCUAUAGGCAGUGGCAGCAGCAUGGGCUCCAGGAGAGGCAGCAUCAGCAGCCUGAGCAGCGUCACCUCCAUGUUGGAAGAGAAGGAUGACGAUAAGAUCCGCUGCUGCCACCACUGUAUGGACAAACUGUUGAAGAGGCAGCAGAAAUUGGAAGAGAAAGACUUUGUGCCUGACAUAGUCAAACUGUACGAGAGGCUGAGGAUGUGCAUGGAGAAGGUGGAUGAAAAGGCUCCAGAAUAUAUCAGAAUGGCUGAAUCGCUCAGCGCUGGAGAGACCACAUACAAUCUCGACACAGCAAGUGGACUUAGACUGGAAGUACAGAAAUACUACGAACUGAUUGAUGCGCUAAGUAAAAAGAUUUUAACUCUGGGAAUAAAAGACGAGCCACAGCCGCAUCCAAAGGUGCUGCAGCUGCAGAAGAUGGUGCGCUACACAGCCACACUGUUUGUCCAGGAGAAGCUGUUGGGGCUCAUGUCCUUACCAACUAAGGACAAAUAUGAGGAGCUUAAAGAAAAGAGAAAAGAGGAGCAGGAGAAAAUACUCCAACAAGAGAGACUGGCAGUUCAGGACGCCUCGAAGAGGAGGCAGGAGUCUGAGAAGAACCGUGUGCCUGCCAGCACCAACGGAGAGCUGCUUCAGGGCCCCAGAGUGCCUCGCAUGACCAAAGCUGGAGGCUGGUUGCCCUCUUCGGACUCAGGCCAUGCACGCAGUGAGCUGGACGACCCCCUCCUGCAGCAGAUCAACAACAUUCAGUCCUUUCUUAGGCAGGCUCGUGAAGCCCAGAAAGCAGAUGAGGUGGCGAUGCUGGAGGAGAACUUGCGUCAGCUGCAGGAUGAAUAUGACCAGCAGCAGACCAGCCUGGCCAUCGCGCUCUCUCAGAAGCUGGCUGAAGAAGAGAACUUGCAGCAGGGUGAGUUGCUCCGUUUGGAGGCUUGGGAGCGAGAGGAGAGGGAGCACAGGGGCCCCACUGUGGCCUCCAUUCCACCUGCCGUCACGUGGGAGAGAACUUUGGAUAUCAGUCUUCAAGGUAAUUUUCAGGAAGCGGGCAGCAGAGAAGACGAUAUCACCCUAGAAGAUGAGAGCUCCAUUAUUGCUUUACCUGUAAACCAGGAAGAAUCUCCUCCUCGGCUGAGAAGCUUAAAUGAAAAGAAAGAAUAUGACCCUUUUGACGAAGCAAAGGCAGAGGAGGACGCACAGGCUGACCAUGUUCCCAUCAACCCUUUUGAGGUAGCAGAGGACGAUGCACAGGCUGACCAGGGUCCCGGCAACCCCUUUGAGGUAGCGGAAAAGGACGCACAGAGUGACCAUGUUCCCGGCAACCCUUUUGAGGUAGCGGAGGAAGAGGCACAGGGUGACCAUGUUCCUGGGAACCCUUUUGAGGAAGACGAAGAUACAGACCACAGCAACCCCUUCAUGGAGGCCUCGGACCAUUCUAAGCCUGCCUCGACCAACCCUUUUGACUAUGAUGAUGAGGCUCCACCCGAUGUGGACAUGAUAGAGGAAGAGCUGCUGCUGCAGCAGAUCGACAACAUCAGGGCCUACAUUUUCGAUGCCAAGCUCAGCGGUCGGCUUGAUGAAGUGCAGCUGUUGUCGGAGAACCUAAGAGAGCUACAGCGCACUCUGCAGGAACAGAAGAGAAACAAGCAGUGAUGCUGCUCCAUUCAAAAGGUCCUCUGUGGAUGAGGUUGACAUCACUGCGUCCACGUUCUGUGGAUCUCACCUCAUUUCCUCCACCGUAUUCAAACCACUCUUAAUGACACAAUAUUGCACAAUUGUGAACAUAUUCCACCAGUUUAAAGGAAAGGGAUCAUGUGUUUCCUUGUGAAUAAUGGGCGUUGUCUGCCUCAGCCGUGACACUGGACAGGACAAGCAGUCGAAAAAAGAUGAAAAGAAUCAUGUUAAUUAGAUAUGUGGGGGAUUUCAAGACACGUUAUACUAAAUGGUAAUGCUCAUCAUAUUACUGUCCUGUACCUUGAUAGUAUGCUUUAAACAUGCAUUUAAAGUUGUCUGUUUUAAUGAUCAAUUUUGACACAUUUUAAACAAUUACCAUGCGAUUAUCACUAUUUUGGCUAUUUCGUCACUUUUGUGUAUCUGUCUGCUAGCAAACAUUUGGAGUGCAGAGUUUAGGACAAUUGGAAAACUACAAGGUCUGUCAGCCACAUGUGAGGAAGUAUCCACCAGCAGUGUAAUAUGCAUCGAACAAAAAUGUAAAUGUAAAAACAUUGUGGAGGUUUAUCAGGUGAAUGAGAAAAUGGUCUCUAUGCUAAUAUUUGUACUGUUUCAAGCACUACUAUUGCUUUUUUUUUUUUAACAUUCAUACUGAAGAUGCUAGAUUAGCAUUAUGCAACAUUCAGUGUUCUUGUUCUGUGCUUUUUCAAGAGAUCUGUGUGACAAGCAUCUGUCCAGUGGUUACUUCCCUCCAGCUCGCUGUGGCCGCACAUUGCACAUGCUUGCUGCUUCUCCAAUGCAUGAACGUUGAAUGAAUGCCAGCCAGUAUUAUCACUAAACCUUUUAUAUCUGUCAACUUCUUCUUGGGCUAACAGACUUACUGUUAGUCAUUAGAAGCGCCGAACAUUUUCGACAAAUUUAACGCCUGAGCACAAAUAAACAAGUAAAAUUGG